GAAGCAUUUUAUUGCUCUUGGUCCGUUUGAGGUCUCCAAAUUUCAAGAUUUCAAUAGACAGCAGCCGUGAAAGCAUGGCAACAAGCAGCGGAGAAAGUCGGCGCCGGAAAAUCCUCGAAAGAGGAUCCGAUCGCUUGACUUUUAUUAAGGGUCAUCUCCAAAACCUCCCUCCUCAUCCUCCUCACUCUGAAAACCAAAUCGACAUCAGCCCUCCUCCGCCUCCGUCGGCCCCCCUCCACCCGACUUCCCAAGUCAAAUCGCCGUUUCUCCCGAUGUCCAUGAUGAAGCCUCUACUUCUGUGAUGCUAAAACAUAAUCCUUGUUCUGAUACUAAUCAGAGUCAGCCCAGUACUUAUAAUGGAAUUGGUGAAGGAUCAACAUCCCACAGACGGGAUAGAAGCAUCGGGCCUUCAAAUGAUUCUGCGUUGAAUACAAACGGUCAAGUGAAUUCAGUGCCGGUUCUAUCAGAUGAUCAAAUUUCAUCGAUUUCCACAUCAAGGACAGUACAUCGUUCAGAAACACCAACUCGAAAACAUAAUUUUUUCACCCCUAAGCAAAUAAGUUCUGCAAUUGAUGCAUCUGGACAAGCACGCCUCUUAUGUUCAGUGAUUGUGGUCGUCUUAGUUGUUCUGGUACGUUUGGGGUUUCCUCUUCUAGGAAACAGAUCCAUAGGGGGCGUUAUCAGCUUCAGGCCAGUUUACUUCGUUCUGUUGACCAACAUAACACUCGUGAUGGGGCGACUUCUUUCCGGUGAUCGCGUAAGUUCUCGAAAAGUCAUUGCGGGAGAGAACAAACCCUCCUCCGCCGAUGACAAUAAUUGGGCCGAGCAAUUAAGCAAGACGUUGGAGGUAGGAUUGGUGGCAAAGAAGGCGAUCGAUGCAUUGUUCAUGGAUUGUAGUGUGUAUCUCAUAAUUGUCGUAUGUGGCCUCUCAUUCUCGUGACAAUUUAGCGAAGCAUGUUUCUUUCUGUUAGUUCCUUUAUGUGUUGGGGAUCAUAGUGUAUCCUUUUGGCCAUAGUGUUCUUUGGUGUACUUGCCAGUUGUACUUUUGUAUUUCAAUGCCAUCGUAAAUGCAGUUUAGGGUUUCAUUUCCUUUGUUUCCGAUGAUAAA